AUGUCGAUGGACAAAGCCGGAGUGAAGAGGCCGGCUGAGGAGUCCCUCGACCAAGACCGCUUCAACAAGAGAUUCAAUCUGAGCCUCACGCUUGGUGUAGCCAAUGGCCCGACCAACCAUUAUAUCCCUGUGGCGUCGACACCACCGAGCCCGGAAAACAGGGCAUUGAGGUCAGCUUCGAACAACGAUGACUCAAUAAUGCAAGUGGACGAGACGCGUGAUCGCGUCUUUGUUUACGACCUAGACGCGGAGCUUGCGGACGUGGAUACUGAAGAGAGAGGGCUGGUCUUCCUGCCGGACAUUGAGCAGUACUUCAGCAAGCUGCCCAAGCAGGUGGUGGCACACAAGAAGGAUAAUGAUCAUGAGGGACAAGAGCUAGUUCUCUACCGUGUGCCUAAAAGUCUCACCGUGGACGAGGGUCGCGACUCGGUCAGAAAGGCAAUAUUGGAUGCGAGGCAGAGAGCGAGGGAGAAGGCAGCGGAGGAGGCGAGGCAGCACGACAUGAAUGCCAGGUAUGGGCCAGAUGGUUCUGCUGAGGUCACUGAGACGGCACAUGGGUAUACUGCUGGCUAUGGAGACGCGGUGGAGCAGGAGCAAUCUCAGGAUCCAGAUGCCAUGGACGUUGAUUAG